AUGAUUGGCUCUACAUCUAAAGCAAAAGGUAGGGAAGAGUCUGGGGCUUCCGCGAAACCUGAAAGCAAAAGCCUUGUCAAUGCUAAAGGAAAAGCCAAGAGUCAGACCAAGAAAGUGGUUGAGACAGAACCGAAAGAAGAACUGGGGAACCAGGCUGAGGCUAGGGGUAAAGCAAUGGCCAGGACACAAACAGUGACUCACACUGAGCCUGAGACUGUGACAUGGAAAGUGAAAAAAAAGAAAGAUAAGACUAGUAUUACAGUCAAGGCUCAGACUAAGACAGAGUUCCUGAAAGAGCCUGGGUUAGUGCCUCACUCCAAGGCAGAUGCCGCGCCUAUAUCUGUGGUCAUUACUGUAACCAAGUCUGAAGUCAAGGUUGACGCUGCUAUUGAGGCGUCUGGCAAGUGCUCAGCCAAGGCUAGUGAUAAGGGCAGUAUGAAGCACAGGGCUGAGAUAAAGAAAGAGACCUGUGUCAGAUCUGGGGAUGGUGGCAAAGCUAGUAUUGUCAUCAACACCACUGAUGAUGAUGAAGAGUAUGUGUGCUCCUGGUUUUGGACUGGAGAAGAGCCUAGUGUAGGGUCCUGGUUCUGGCCUAAAGAAGAAAACCCUCUUCAAGUUUAUCAGCCCCCACCUAAGGUUGAGGAAGAACCUGAACCCGCAGAUACAUUCGACUUUACUUUAAAAAAAAAAGCAGCAGCGUGGGCAAGAGGCAGGUUUAUUGUCCUAGUUCCAGUUGAGGAAGGCGAGCGACCUGCACUUCCAGAAGGGAACUGGACUUUGGUUGCGACCUUAAUUGAAACUCCUCUGGGUGUUCGACCAUUGACCAAGAUUCCACCUUUUGAAGGACCUUACUUCCAGACUUUAGCUGAAAUAAAAGAACAAAUCCGGGAAAGAGAAAAGUAUGGACCCAACCCAAAGACCUGUCGCUGUAAAUCGCGUACCUUUAGUUUAGAGCCUGUAGAGUUUGAUAAGCUUGUUGCCCUACUUAGGCUAACUAGGGAUCCUUUCAUUCAUGAGAUAGCUACAAUGAUAAUGGGCAUCAGUCCUGCCUACCCGUUUACUCAAGAUAUCGUUCAUGAUGUUGGUAUUACUGUUAUGAUUGAAAAUUUUGUCAAUAAUCCAAAUGCUAAAAAGCUCCCUAGAAAUUUAAAUGUGAGUACCAGCACUGACGCUUCUGAAGAGGCAAAAGAGAAUGAAGCACAUGUAAAUAAAGUCUGUAGGGACAUACUCUCUUGUCCUUUGAACUGCUCUGUACAAGUUGAGGAGCUAAAACUGUUAGCGAGCCUGAGUAUAAAAUUUGACUACCACCACGUGAUUGUAAAUUAUGUCCGCUAUUUUAUCACAUUGUUAAAUAAAGGAAGUGUCAAAAUCAAAUUUCAGAUUUUAAGGGUUAUUUUAUAUUUGUCAAAGAAUCAAGCCAAUACAAGAGAACUGAUCAGUGCAGAAGUAUUGUCGUCACUGGUUGCUCUCUUUCAUAAGAAUGAGUCAAAGGCUAAUAUUCUACAUAUCAUUGAUAUAUUUGAGAAUAUAAAUUUCCAGUUCAAAAAAAGGGCAAAGCUGUUUACCAAGGAAAUGUUCACUAAAUCUGAACUUAUUUCCAUAUUCCAGGAGGCAAAACAGUUUGACCAGAAACUCAAUGACUUAGCAGAGCACAGUGACCCUGAUGUGAGAGAUAAAGUUAUCCGAUUAAUACUCAAACUCUGAAUAGUUGUAUAUUCUCACAAAACCUUGAGCAUUUUCGUCUUUCCAAUAUAAAUCUAAUGCAUAUUAUAAGUAUAAAUUUGAUAUUUUUACUCUCUGUGUUGAGGGAGGCAAUUUUAUGGAUGCUAGUCAUCUUGAAAGAGUAAACACUUGUUGGUUUUUAUUGUGCUUAUCUAUAAUAUAAAUUGGUAUUUUUGGUAUCUGUAAUGUAACCCAGUACUGAACCUAUUCACCCUAAAUAAGCUAUAUUUCUGUGCGUUACAUUGAUAUAAGUGUAUUUUCGUAUUCCAUUUGCGUGUUUUUAAUAAAGUUGCAUGCUAAACAUGGUGAAAACAUUGUCCCGGUUCUUCAGUUG